AUGAGUGGGGAACCGCCCUCACUUGAUUUGGCCGAGCAGAUGAAUGAGGAUGAAAAGCGAAAAUGGGUCAAAGGCAAGAAGCUCGGUGAAGGUACAUACGCCGUGGUGUUUCUGGGUCAUCUACGCGACGACCCCUCGACCCUGGUCGCCAUCAAAAAGAUGAAAAAGGUGUCCAAGGACAUUGAAGAGGGCAUGUCGCACGAUGCCAUUCGCGAAGUCAAGCACCUCCAGGAACUGCAGCACGACAACAUUAUCGCGCUGCGCUCCGUCUUCUCCUCCAAAGACCAGAAUCUCAACCUUGUCCUCGAGUUUCUGCCCCUCGGCGACCUGGAGAUCCUCAUCAAGGGCGAUCAGCAGCGCAAGAUCCCCGGUGUCCGCUACGGCGCUGCCGACAUCAAGGCGUGGAUGGGCAUGCUCACACGGGCCGUCUGGUUCUGCCACGAGAACUUUGUGCUGCACCGCGAUAUCAAGCCCAACAACUUGCUCAUCGCGGCCAAUGGCGAGCUCAAGCUUGCCGAUUUCGGUCUCGCGCGUGGCUUCGCCGACCCGUAUCAAUACAUGACUGCCAAUGUCAUCACGCGAUGGUACCGGCCGCCUGAGCUGCUCUUUGGCGCGAAGCACUACUCUGGCGCUGUCGACAUUUGGUCCGUGGGCACCAUUUUUGCCGAGAUCGUCCUACGUAAUGCAUAUCUGCCCGGUGGCACGGAGCUGGAGCAGGUCAAACUGAUCUGCGAAGCUGUCGGGACCCCAACAGAGGACAACUGGCCCGGCGUGACCAAGUUGCGAGACUACGCCGUGCCCUCCACCAACCCAGUCCGUGGGAAAGCCUACUAUGAGAGGACCUUUGAGAUUCUGGGUCCCGAGGGAGCGGAUCUGCUCAUGCGCACAUUGACCCUUAACCCAAACCGUCGCAUCACGGCAAAGGAGAUGCUGCAGCACACGUAUUGGCUGGCCCAACCACAUCCCACCCGCAAAGAGGACCUGCCGCGCAAGGCGGGAGGAGAGGAGACGAUGGGUGCUGAUCUGAAGCGGAGACCUGGCGUGGUCGAAGAGGAACGUGGCAGCCGCAUUGCGCGAAAAUUAGAUUUUGGAGCCGGAUAA